CUUAGUUGACUGUCGUGCAUACAACAACGUUCUGACGGACGCUAGUUCGUGCGUGUCGGUUUUCCGUGUGUUUUCAAGCGGGGCAUACAUACAUAAAUACAUAGUUGUUCCUUGCCAAAGGUGGCAUAAGUAAACACCAAAGACGCUAAGAGCAAACAUCCCCCCACGACCCGUGCUGCUCGCAUCCAACUGCAUCCAACCCCCGAAGCAAACGCUAACAAGAAAAUCUCUGUGCAGCAGUUACGCCAACGCAACAGCAUCGGAAUCUGAUUGGAGCGGCAAAACCAUAAGGCGAUAUUACAACUAUAUAUAUAUUUAAAGCAAGCGUAUUUGCAAUUUUAUUAUUGUUUGUGUUUGUGCCGUUCGCAGUUCACAGUUCGAGCAGCAGCAUCAAUAAUGGUGGAUUUCCGUUUCGACAUUAAACCGCUGUUUCCGCAGCCAAUUAUCAAAGUGGCAUCCAAUUUAUUGCCGCACACCUUUCGAGGUGAUCGGCGUCAGUGUUUAGAUGCCACCUCAAAGAUGUCCGAGAUAAUCGAUCGCCUCGGCCAUUUGUCGGCCGUAUCGCAGGGCCUGAGCAAACCGGUGACAACGGCUCAGCGCCUACGCAUGUCGGAGAACCAGACCAUCUAUCUGCUGGCCGAUACUGAAGCGGGUCACAACGGCGCCGUCACUGGCUUGCUCAAGGUGGGCACCAAAGAUCUCUACUUGUUCGACGAGAAGGGCCAGACACGCAAAAUGGAGCAAUCGCCUUCGAUUUUGGACUUUUAUGUGCACGAAUCACGUCAGCGUGCCGGAUUGGGUAAGCAUCUGUAUGAAACCAUGUUAAGUGAGGAGCAAUGGCUGCCAAUUAAGUGCUCCGUGGAUCGUCCAUCGGAGAAGCUAUUGGCCUUUCUGGGCAAACAUUAUGGUUUGAAGCGCACCAUUCCCCAGGCGAAUAAUUUUGUGCUCUACGAGGGCUUCUUCGAGGAUGCCGCUUCACAGAAUGGCUCCCGAAAUGGACAUGCCGAGUCGCCACAGCGCACCAAGAAUGGCUUGCACAUAACAAACAGUCCUAACACACAACUCUUUGGUGCUACAUAUUUGGGCGAUGAGGCUAACAAACGCAACAAUCGACGUGGCAGCGGUUCACAGCAGCAGUUGCAACAACAGCAGCUGCAUCAAAUAACACAGAUCUCACCAAAUGGACGCUAUGGUGCCAAGCGUCCCACAUGCAGCAUGGCCGAGAUAAUUCAUGCUGGCAGUGGCAAUUCCAACAAGGGAGGCGGUGGAGGCAACGCAGAAUCUAGCAGCGGCAACGAUAUUGCUGAAAUUGCCGAACAAUUGCAGCAUUUGCAGGCGAUCGAAAUCGAAGCAUAUGAAUUGGUGCCAGAGCCAGAGCAGGAACAAGAGCCCGAACCCGAGGAAGUUGUCACUCCAGCAUCGCCGCCGCGCAGAUCGCACACCCCAACGCCGCCCACAGUGCGUUCGCCGGAGGUGGCCGAGAGCAUUAUUGGUGACAAUCGGAAGCCGCCAGCCUUCCAACUGAGCAAGCAGCACACGGGCAUGAAGAAUCGCUCCUUUGGCGUCGGCAUGGCUGUUAUGCCCACCAGCAAGAUGGAGUUCAAUCAGCAGGAGCGCGAAGAUUUCGGUGUGGUCAAAAUCAAUCGUCCGUUGGGCAAUGAAGCCACUACACCCGGUCACGACAACACAGAUGCCAUGUCCACAGUAUCGUCCACCGGUGGCUUGACCGAUCAGGGUUAUAACGAUCUAAAGUUCUAUCACAAUAAGUUGUGGUAAAUCCCUUAAAAUACCACUCAGAUAUCAGCAACAAUAUGCUAGCAAUAUUUGCUACCAAUGUGUUUACAAUUUUUGUACGUCAUAAAAAUCAUAAAAUAUGCAUAACAAUUAAUGAGCAAAUAGCAGUUAAGAUAAUACUUAUAUAAAAAUUAACAAUUACCCUAGAGACAGACACAAACGGUUCCUGUUCGCCUUAGUUCAUUUAUGUUGUACGCUGCUUCGUAAUGAUUUUUCUGUUUUGUUUUUGUUAAUCAGUUCAUUUGUUACACCCACGCACUUUACAGCGCAAUCGAAUGUUAGUCAGCAACAGCAACAGCAACAAUAUUAACAGUCUGUAGUUCAAUUUAGUUAACAGCCGUCAAGCGAAAUGCAAAAGUUAUUUAAAUAUGUAGUAUGCGAAUUAACAUGGUAAUCACAAAAAAUAAAUGUGCGUAUCUUCCAUUGCAGCAAACGCGAAUAUUAUGAGCAGAUCUAUAGCGAAUAUAUGCUAUAAUUGGCCCGCAUACCUAACUUAAUAGGAGAUUCUCAAACCAAACUUAAUGUAUCCUGUAAUAAUUAGUUAAGCAUUGCAAUAAUAGUCCAAAAUAAAGUCAACUUUGAUUCUAUUUAUGUA